AAAAUGAAACACUCACCCCUCUGAUCUGUAACUCCUGAUCUCCAUUACUGCCACUGCUCUCCCCCUGUGAAAUCCAAGUACAGAAACCCUAACAAAAUCUAACCCUAAAAGUCUUCUCUUUGUCUCCACCAUGGACGACCUACGGGCCACCUACAGAGACGAAGACGAAGAAGACGACGAUUGCGCCACCACUGCAACGGCUACUGCAAACGGCGUAAAGCAUGAACCACCCGAAGACCACGACCACUCCGACGAAUCGAAGCCCUCUUCGGAUGAUGAUGAGGAAGACCCGCCUCCCAAGAAGCAGAAGCAACUCUCCUCCCUCAAUGCGCCAACACUGCCGGAGGAGAACCAAGCAACGGAGCAAGCCAUUUCGAUAGCCGCAGCAGCGGUGGGGGCGACGGAGACGCCGAAAAUUGCGAAGAAGGCGAAGAAGAAGAGCAAUAAUGUAUGGACGAAAUCGACCUCGAGGAAGGGGAAGAAGAAGGCGAAGGCAACUGCGAAUAAUGCCCCAACGGAAGACCCAGUUUUAAUAACCCCAGUCCCAAGGUUUCCUGACAAGAAUGACGAUGCUCCGGAUAUGAAAAUAUGCCUCUCGAAGAUUUACAAGGCGGAGAAAGUGGAGCUGAGCGAUGAUCGAAUGCGUGCUGCGAGCGGGAAAGGGUAUAGAAUGGUUAGGGCUACUAGAGGGGUUGUGGAAGGAGCUUGGUAUUUUGAAAUCAGGGUUUUGAAGUUGGGGGAGACAGGGCAUACGAGGCUUGGAUGGUCGACGGAGAAGGGGGACUUGCAGGCGCCAGUAGGAUACGAUGCAAAUAGUUUCGGGUAUAGGGAUAUAGAUGGGACUAAGGUGCACAAGGCAUUGAGGGAGACGUAUGGGGGGGAAGGGUAUGUGGAGGGUGAUGUUAUUGGGUUUUAUAUAAAUUUGCCGGAUGGUGCAAUGUAUGCUCCCAAACCACCGCAUUUAGUUUGGUAUAAGGGGCAGAGAUAUGUUUGCGCCACCGACACCAAGGAAGAUCCUCCAAAAGUGGUGCCUGGAAGUGAGAUAUCUUUCUUCAAGAAUGGGGUAUGCCAAGGAGUUGCUUUCAAGGAUCUAUGUGGUGGUCGAUAUUAUCCCGCUGCUUCAAUGUAUACUCUACCCAAUCAACCACAUUGUGUGGUAAAGUUCAACUUUGGUCCUGAUUUUGAAUUCUUUCCGGAGGAACUUGAUGGACGCCCAGUCCCAAGGCCCAUGAUCGAAGUUCCUUAUCAUGGGUUUGACAGCCAAACUGAAAAUGGUGAUAAGGGGUUUCAUCCGAAUGUGCGUUUUGUUGAAAUUGGUCAUGAGCUAGGUUGAAAAAUUGCAGAGGUAGCAGAACUAAUCAGUUCAAAAAUGAGGAAAAUGCUCAGGUAUGGUACUAAUUCCUAAUGAAAUCAAUUUCACGUCUAUCUGGAAUCUUUUAGGCAUCAGAUAAAGACAUCGUAUCAUGGGGUCUGAUAGGGCAGUAAGAGAAUUAUGUUGGCUUGGAGUAAUAGAAAAUUUGUGAGGUUAGUAAGCAUUUGGGUUUGAGGUUAUGAAGAGGAAAAUUUGGAUUUUUUUUAUGGACAAUGAUCUAGAUGGGGGUAGAAGGUUCUUGCUUGGUAAAAAAAAGGAUAUGCGCAAGUUCUUAGAAAAAUAAGGGGCUGCAAAAGCUUUCCUUUUUGGUGAAUUAUGGAGGGUGUAAUAGAUAGGACUUGUUCUAUACUCAGGUCUAUCAUUGGUGUUGAUGAAGCUUAGAAUUAUUCCUUGGAAUGUUUAAGGUAUAAACAGUAAGGGAAAGCAUAAGGCCAUUGAAUCUUUUCUAAGGUCAAAUAAGAUUAAUUUGGUAUGCAUUCAAGGAACAAGGAUGGAUUAUGUGUCUUUGUUUUUGGUUGGAAGCUAUUGGGUUUGCUUCUUGGAGUGAGGAAUUACUAAAUGUGAGGAUUUUUUUUUCUUUUUUCUUUUUUGAGCCGGGGUUUGGUUUCUGGUAUUUUUUGAUAAGAGGGUGCUGGGUUUAUUAGGAAUGGAGGAGAGGGUGCUGGAUUUAUUGGGAAUGAAGGAGAGAGUGCGUACUCUCUUUCUCAUCGUUCUAAGAAUUGUAAAGAUGGAUUUUAGUGGGUAAUUUCAGGAAUGCAUGACCAAUCUUAAGCACAACAAGGAUAGAUAUUUGGUAAGGGUAACAUUAGAGGGCUGUGGAAUGAUCCAGGUGCAUUUUUGAUAGUUUUAAUGUGUUCUAUUUUUCUCUUGAUAGAUGCAAUUGUUUUGAGGAUCUCCUUAGCUAUAUGAGAGACUCUUCAAACUUCAUUGAAGGUUUCAAUUUAUUGGAUAUUUCUUCUUCUAUUGGUACAUACACUCGGCAUGGUAGUCAAAGAAGGUAGUCAUUUGUCUUAUUGGAUAUUUCUUGCUCUCUAUGAAUUGGGGAGAGCAUUUUUCUAAUGUUUAAGAAAGUUUCUUUCACAGCCUAUAUUAUCUCUACCGUUCUCUUUUAUUGGUCAGAAAUGGAGUUUCUUUUUAGAUUUUGGAGUAUGUGGUUGAACAAAAUUGGUUGUGGGGAUUUAGCUAAGAAUUGCUAGUGGAGCUAUGAGUUUAGUGGUUGAUGGAGUUUUACUUUUGUUGUAGAGAAAAAGGAGUUGAAGGAUGAUUUAGAAAAAAAAUGAAUUACAAUUGUUUGGAAAUGUAUCUAUUCAUAAAGCUUGUGCUUUGGAGUAAAUUAGGUUUUUGGAUAGUAAGAAGAAUGGGCUUUUGUGUAUUGAGGAGUUCGAGCCUAGGUGUUCUAUGUUGGCAUUGAGGGGGCUGGCAUUAAAUUUAUUGGUGUGGCUAAUAGGGAAGGUUUAAUAAAAUUGUUUGAUGAGGAGGAGGUUUUGGUUCUUUAUUUGACUUGAUCAAUGACAAAACCCAUGUGUGGGUGAUAAGUUGAGAGAUCAUCAACAAAAUUGUUGGCUUCAUUAUAAGGUGAUUUGAUGAGGUUCCAUAGUGACUUGCAUAGGCAUCUUUUGGUGCCUAGCAAAGGUGGCAACGAGGACAUCAAGGGCCUUUGGCCUAUUAGUUUUUAGUUGGAUGUUUGUGUUUGUGUAAGAUUCUGACUAAUCAAUUUAAAACAAGGUUCAAAAUCUCGUCCAAGCUCAAUAUGAUUUGGUUGAGUCGUAUUCACUUGGUCCAUGUCCAAUACAAUAUUGAUAACCAAGUUCAGUAUAUUUAUUGAAUUGCCAUGUGAAUUAGCCAACUCGGAGAUAACUUUAUAGUUUCGAGACAAUUCAUGACUCUGAAAUGUUGUAGAGAUUGGUGUUGAAGUGGGUGAUGGUUGUGAUGCCUUUUUCUCUCAAGCAUGGUGAUGGUGAACCUUCUCUUUGCCUUUAGGUAUUUUCCAAGAAUGUGGGAAGGAGAGGGAGGAGUACCAUGCCUUUGGGAUCUUCUUUAUUACCACUCCUUGAUCCAUGGCAUCUCACAAAGUGGGAAAUGAGUAUUACUGGGGUAAUGGGUAAUUACUAUUUGAAGGGGACAUUAUCUUAAAUGAACAACCCAUGGGACUUGGGUCAUUGGGUUAAAUUGGCAAUGGGUAUGGAUAUUUGAUAGAAAUUUGGACAUCUGUGCAUUUAGAUCAAGUUCAGAGAAGAAGGUGGUCUUUAGCAAAUCAAUGUUAUCUUUUCCAAGUGGAGGAAGAAUCUAUAGACCACAUCCUUUUGCACUGUGUAAAGGCGAGUUUUAUGAGGGUUGCUCUUUGCACUUUUCAGGGUGUCUUGGGUGCUUCCCUUAUCGGUUAGAGAGACACUUUUGGUUAUUAUUGUUCGUUUGUGGGCAAAAAACGUAAGAAGAUUUAGAGAGUCGGGCCCUUAUGCAUCUUUUAGACGAUUUGGAAGGCAAGGAAUAUGAUUAUUUUCGAUGAUGAAGUGCUUUCGAUUUAAAGGUUAAAAAGUUAUUUUGUUUGCUUUCUUUGGUUGGAGACUAAAAUUUUUAUUAAUGCUGGUUCUUUGACGGUA